AGCCAAAACCUGCAUUCAUAAAUGAGGAAAAGGUCCAGAAGGAGGUGAACGCUGUCCUGACAGAAAGUGCCACCCUCAGCUGUGAGGUAGCACAGGAUGCAACCGAAGUGAAAUGGUACAAGGAUGGAAGACUGCUCAUUUCCUCUAGAAAAUUCAAAAUAGAAACUGUGGGUAAAACCCGACGCCUAGUUAUAGAGCAGCUGGACAAGAAAGAUGCUGGAGAAUACAUCUGCGAGGCUGCAGGCCAGAAGCUGACUUUCAAGUUGAAACCAACUGAACCAGAAGCUAAAUUUGAAAAUAAAGUUGUCCAGAAAGAACCUCUCAUUGUUCAAGAACACGAAAGCAUCACACUGUCUACUUUGGUAACUCCUGAAACUGCUGCUGUAAAGUGGUUCAAGGAUGGAACAGAAAUCAAGGCAAGCAAGAAAUACGAAAUCAAGAGUGAGGGGGCAUCCAGGACCCUGACAGUGAACCUGGCUGAGAGCACAGACACGGCCGUGUACACUUGCCAGACAAAAAGCGACAAGCAGGAAUUCAAAGUACAGGUGAAAGAAAUCCCAGUGAAGUUUGUCAAAAAACUUGAAGCUGUUAAUGCUGAGAUUGGAGGCAGUGUCUCUUUGACCUGUGACGUGAGCCAUGCCAAAGGGAAGGUGGUGUGGUGCAGGAACGGAGUUCAGAUCAAGCCCAGCAAGCGUUUCCAGAUAUAUGAGGAAGGGGUCAAGCGAACAUUGACCAUAACAGGGAUCCGGGCUGAGGACGAGGGAGAGUACUCCUGCGAGUCCAGAGAUGACAAGAGCAGCAUUAUCAUCACCCCCAAACCUCCCAGAGUGGUGAAAUUUGUUACGAGUCUCAACAGCGUGGUCUCUGAGGAAGGAAAAGAGGCUGUGUUCAAGUGCACUGUCUCUCCCAGUGAUGCUGUGGUCACUUGGUUCAGGAAUGGUGUCAAAAUUGAAGCCAGCAAGAAGUAUGUGAUCUCACAGAAGGACACCAACCACAGCCUCACCAUCACUGAUCUGACACUGAAAGAUGCAGCUGAAAUCUCCGCCAAUGCUGAGGGCGUAGAAAGCACAGCCAAUCUCAGAGUCCGAGAGGCCUCAAUCUCAUUCAAGAAGAAACUGGAGCCCAGAACAGUUGAAGAGAGGGACACAGUGACCUUGGAGGUAGAGCUGACUAAGCCUGCAGAGGUGAAGUGGAUGAGGAACAGCAUCAUAUUGAAGCCCAGUGAAAAAAUAGAGAUCAAAGCUGAGGGAACAAAGCAUACCUUGGUGGUUAAGGACAUCUCCUUUGCAGACAGGGGCUUCUACUGCUGUGAGAGUCCUGAUGACAAGACCCAAGCCAAGAUCAAUGUGGAAAUGAGACAGAUCAAGCUAGUGAAAGGUCUUCAGCCCCUCGAAGUCUCUGAGAAAGGCACCGUCACCUUUGAGGUGGAAGUGUCACAUGAGGACAUGGAAGGGACCUGGCAGAAGGAUGGCAUUCGGCUGAAACCUUCACCAAAUAUCAGUAUUGGUGUCCAGGGGAAGAAACAUUCGCUGACUCUUUCUUCAGUGUCUCUUGAAGAUGCAGGACUCAUCUCCUUCAAAGCAGAUGGCAUUCAUACGUCAGGAAGGCUCACUGUCACAGAAUUGCCUGUGAGAAUCAGCAAACCUUUGGUAGAUGUCAGUGUAACUCAGAAGGACAAGGUCACAUUCGAGUGUGAGCUGUCCAGGAGCAACGUGGAUGUUAAGUGGUUCAAGGAUGGGAAGGAGCUCCAGCAAAGUAAAAAAGUGGGGAUUAUUUCCCAGGGAAAUAAGAGAAGCCUCAUUAUUCAUAAGUGUGAAUAUGAAGACCAGGGAACCUAUACUUGUGAAGCAGCUGAAGACAAGACAUCAGCUACCCUAAAAGUUCACG